ACAUCAAAAAUCAACAUAACUAAUAAUUCUAAAAUCUCCACAUGCCUUUGAAUUCAUAGUGCAUACCCAUGUUAGUCAAACAAUCCCCCCAAACUACCUUGAAAUCCUCUAAUGCCCACUAUAAAUACAGCCCCAUGAUCCCAUUCUUCCUUUAAUCACAGAAAAGAAAAACGAAAUUGCUAGCUAGCUUGCUAGCUAUCGAGCCAAGAAUUAGCAGCAGACCUUUCUCUAUCAUGGGCAGAGAACAAAAAUCUAUUACCCUUUUCUCUACUCUUCUUCUGGGUUCUCUCUUGUUUUCCACAAGCAUGCUCCAUGGCGCAGAAGCUAGGCUUCUGUUGAGUGGAGCUUCAAGAUUGCAUGAGGAUGUUGUUAAAGAGAUUGAAGGCGUAGUGAAAGGAUUAUCUCUUGCAGCACUGAAGAAAUCAGGGCCGAGUCCUGGUAUAGGGCAUGGGUACAAAAAUUUCCAAGCUCUUGGCGCGGCUAAGGACUCUGGUCCUAGCCCUGGUGAAGGGCACAAGUAUGUUACUGGCGAUCACCCAUGAAAAGAAUUGUGUUUUCCAAAGCCAUGGGAAAGAGAGUUCGUUAUUUCUUCUAUUGAUUUUUGUUUACAAUAUGUAUAUUAUUCAUAGUCAAUGACAUUAUUACUGUUGUAUUACCUUUUUUCUUAUAGAAAGAUUUUAAAAGGGAUAUUAAAAUUUGAA